UUGAAGCAUGUCAGGAAGAGGCAAACAAGGCGGAAAGACCCGGGCCAAGGCCAAGACUCGCUCAUCUCGGGCCGGCCUUCAGUUCCCAGUCGGCCGUGUUCACCGGCUCUUGAGAAAAGGCAAUUAUGCCGAGCGGGUGGGAGCCGGAGCUCCAGUCUACCUUGCCGCGGUGCUCGAGUAUCUGACCGCCGAGAUCCUCGAGUUGGCCGGCAACGCUGCCCGGGAUAACAAGAAGACUCGCAUCAUCCCCAGGCACCUGCAGCUCGCCGUGCGCAACGACGAGGAGCUCAACAAACUGCUCGGAGGGGUCACCAUCGCCCAGGGCGGUGUCCUGCCCAACAUCCAGUCUGUGCUGCUCCCCAAGAAAACCGAGAGCGCCAAAUCUGCCAAGAGCAAGUGAGCUCUCCCCUCCAAAAAUACUACUGCCCUGACCACUCACCCAAAGGCUCUUUUCAGAGCCACCCACUUCAUCUAAACAGCGCUGUAUAGCCCCGUGUGUGUGUGUGUGUGUGUGUGUGUGUGUCUAAAUAGUGAGAAUAAAUUGUGACACAUAAGAGGGUUUCCCUUGUACACUUUUUCCUCACUUGAUUGCCAGGGAAAUGAUGUGGUGGGAGACGGGCAGCUAUUUUGCCGAGCAUUACUGCCCCCUAAUACGAGAUUUUUGUGAUGAGGGAAGAGUUGGUCUAGGGACUCCGAAACUCCAAUCUUCUCAGUGUGAGCAAUGAACGCGUGUGUGUGUGUGUGUAUGCGCAGGAGAAAAACAAAUUAAUAAAACCGUCUGAAAA